AUGAGCACAUGUCGAUGGUGUACGCUGAGUGGUUCUGACACCACCGAGUUCCUGAAGAGCUAUGCUUCUAAAUGGUUGUCCCCGGAAGAUCUUGAAGGAUCCAGCGAUGAUCUCUGCUACUGCCUGGAGUGUGUGGUUGAAUACCACAAAGCAAGGGAAAAACUGCCGAAGUUGCAUGAGGUCUUGUGGGAGUUGGAAACCUCCCGUCUUGUUGCCCACAUUGAGAAAUCCAUGCGAGAAGAAGCUGGAGAGGAUGACGAGUUGUUUAUAGUGGAUGAGAAUGGAGAGACACAGCUGUCUGGUUAUGUGGGCCCGGAUUUUGAGAAUAACCUGCGAGUACCCCUUCUGGAAAUACUGAAAUACCCAUAUCUGCUGCUGCACGAGAAACUCAGUGAGCUGUGUGUAGAGGUGCUCUGUAAAAUGGAACAAAGUCACAGCUCCUUUCACGUCUUUGAGAAAUAUCCAGGAAUUUAUCUCUUUCUGGUACACCCGAAUGAAGUGAUUCGUCGAUGGGCCAUCCUAACAGCAAGGAAUUUAGGGAAGGUUGACAGGGAUGAUUACUAUGACUUACAGGAAGUGCUAACUUGCUUGUUCAAAGUUAUUGAGUUGGGGCUUUUUGAGAGUCCAGAUAUUUACAGCUCUUCAAUGAUUGAAAAGGGUAAACUCAUCCUUCUGCCAUCUCAUUUAUAUGAUACUACCAACUACAAGAACUAUUGGCUAGGGAUUUGUAUGUUGCUAACGGUACUGGAAGAACAAGCUAUGGACUCCUUGUUACUGGGCCUAGACAAACAAAAUGAUUUCAUGCAGUCUAUACUUCACACCAUGGAGAAAGAAGCAGUUGAUGAAUCUACUGACCCUUUCUGGCCAGCGCUGCAUUGUUUCAUGAUUAUUUUGGAGCAGCUCGGAUCUAAAGUGUGGGGUCAGCUUAUUGAUCCUGUCCAAGCCUUUCAAACCAUUAUCAACAAUGUGAGCUACAACAAUGAAAUAAACAAUAUUCGCAGUAGCUUUAAGAGGACAAAAUCUGAACCAGAGUCAGACUAUAAUGAUGACAUGGCUACUUGCAGUCAGAUUGUGUAUAAUUGUAACACAGAAAAGCCUCAGAAGGAUACUGGAUGGAAGACUGCCAUAUGUCCAGACUACUGCCCCAACAUGUAUGAAGAAAUGCAAACACUGGCUAAUGUGCUCCAGUCUGCUAUCGGCGGAGAUACGCGUGUCCAUCAGAGCACGUUUCUGUGGUUCAUCCCUUUCGUUCAGUCGCUUAUGGAUCUCAAAGACUUGGGUAUAGCAUAUAUAGUAGAGGUCAUUCACUACCUCUGCUCGGAAAUCAAAGAUAUUAUCAAUGAAAGAGUCCAGCAGUGUGAUAAAAUCUCUGAAUUUUUUCUCCUGAUCUUGGUGUCUAUUAUCGAACUACACAGAAAUAAGAAGUGCCUGCAUUUGCUAUGGAUUAGCUCCCGAGAAUGGGUGGAAGCAGUGGUGAGAUGUGCUAAGCUUCCAGCUAUAGCAUUUACACGGUGCACUGAAAAAGCACCUGGACACUGUGUGAAAGGUUCACCAGGAGUAUCUUUACAAGCUUCUAAAUCUGUGCAGCACGCCUGUGUGCAGUUGAUACGCAGCCUUCUCAGAGAAGGCUAUCAAAUUGGGCAGCAUGCUCUUUGCAAGCAAUACCUAGACAAACUCAAUCUUCUUAUGCGAGGAAAUCUAUCUUUAGGUUGGCAGCUGAACAUCCAGGAAACCCAGGAAUUACAAAUGUGUUUAAAGCAAGUUAUAAGAAGUAUGAAGGACAGAGCAUUGAAAACCCCUCUGCCUGUAGGAAACAAUGCAAACUCUACAACUUCGCCUACUAUCUCUAUAAAUUCAGAGGGGAAGAAAGAGGAGGGUUUUGUGAAGAUGGUUUCUGAAGAUAAGACUUUAACAGACUCUCAGGUUGAUAGAGAUCUCAGUAAGUUAUCGUUAGCUGCGUAUGCCAAAAGUGUCAAUUUUCCCUUCGAUUCAAGCCAAGAAAGCUCGGUACAUCAUAAUGUAUGUGAUAUUAAAAGGAAAGUGAAAGGUGCUGUAAGAUCUUCUGAUGGCCAAAGUACCAAGUCUCCUUGUGAUGCUGAUUGCCCUCCCAAUGAAGUCAUUGUAAUUUCAGAUGACUCUGAUGAAGAAAAAGGUGUGGCUGACGAGGAGGAAACAAAAAAAAAGAAUGAAAAUGUAUGUCCUGAAGAGCAGCCUUCAACGUCCAGCGGCAUUUCUGAUAAUGAUAUCAAAAUGGAAUCAAAGACGCCAAGCUCUCCCUUCUCACUGGAAGACUGUGAGUCUCAGUACUUUGAGUUUGAAACAGAAGAGGAUAUCUUUUCAGUUUGGCAAGAUACUCAAGAAUAUAGUACGGAAGCAACUCAAGAAUCAUUGCCUGCUGUAGUUCCUCCAAGGAAAGUUCGGCAGUGUCCUGCACCAGCAUCAACUGUAGAGGAACUUGGUCUGAAGAAGGCACCUCGCAAAGCGUUUGAGUUAUCCCAGCGCUCCUUAGAGAGUGUCGCUCGAUUGCGCAGCCAUGGUAAAGCUGCAGGAAGAGUUGGAGUUGCACUUGCACAGAAGACUAAACUAAUUGCUCCUCAGAUUUUGUCUAUAAAAAAUAAUAGAAAACUGCUAGCCUGCCAAGACCUUCAAUUUUUAAGGCAGACAAGGCCCAAAAAAAGUGAAAACAGUGACGAUGAUGAUUUAUUUUUAACUCAGUUGGACCCUGUGGAUAUGGAAUUAUGUUCCCAGGAGGAAAGUGUACAAGACGCUACUUCAGCUAGUAAAACACUGGAGGAAAUGGAUACUGCUGAAAGCCUUCAGCAGAACGAAUCCUCGACUAAAGAGAAAUGUAAGUACAAAGACUGCAUGGAAAAAGUGGAAAAACCAGGAGAGUACUGUAGUAAGCAUUCAGCCACCAGCUCGGAAGCAGAUCACUUGUUUGCCAGACCUUCUCUCCUGCCACCUUCUAAAACAAGAAAGCCUGCCACUACCAAAAUUUUCAGCUCAGCAAGUUCUUCACGGAAUGCAGCCUUCAGCAAGGAUCUUGAAGAUGUUAAAAAGCCACCGCCAGCUUCCAAAAGCAAAGUGAACGCAGCGAAACCAGCGGUGGUCAGGUCAGCGAAUCAGCGUGAUCAUAAUAUUUUUGUUAAUGAAGUCCUAAAGUGGACUCACGCAAUGUUUGUAAACUUCAGCCAGUUUGGACCUCCAAGUAGUCUCCUGCGGUCCGUAGUAGCCUCUGUUCCUGUCCAGUUUCAGGGAUACAAUGACUAUUUCAAUACGUUUUUCCCCUUGAUGAUGCUAAAUGCCUUUGAAACACUGGCACAAGAGUGGACAGAAAACCAGAGAGUAAGAGAGAAGAGUUGCUACUUCUUCUUACAGAACUUCAGUGCUGAGUUGGAUACAGCGGAUUUUACAGGACAAAAGGAGCAGCAUACCGUCUGUUACCUUUCUGUGCAAACCCGAGGCGAUUUGUCAGGCUUCAAAAAUACACUAGUGAAGUGUGUGGUGGUUGGCUCCCUGGUGACAGCACACCGAAAAUUCAAAGGUCUACUGCUGUUGAGCAGGAGUCCCCUGGCUAAACCCAUCAUCAAUCCGAGUUACAAUGACUUCUGUCCCAGAGAUUUGCCCGUGGCUUCAGAAAGCGCUGCGUCGGAUAUGAACGAAUACAACGAAGAUCAAAAGAGAGCCAUUGAGACAGCUUAUGCCAUGGUAAAACAACAUCCAGGGCUUCCCAAGAUCUGCCUUAUUCACGGACCACCCGGAACAGGGAAAUCAAAAACCAUUGUUGGGCUUCUGUCUCGUAUUUUGAGAGAAAACACUAGGAAUGAGAAAGCAACUCAAAAACCAAAUCCCAAGAUCAAGACAAACCGUUUUCUAGUUUGUGCACCAUCAAAUGCUGCUGUUGAUGAACUCAUGAAAAAGAUCAUCGUUACAUUUAAGGAAAAAUGCCAAAACAAACAGGAGCCUUUGGGAAAUUGUGGUGAUAUCAAAUUAGUGCGUCUUGGUGCAGAAAAAGCAAUCAACAGUGAAGUCCGGGGAUUUAGCCUGGAUAAGCAAGUUGAACAUAGAAUGAAGCGAAAGCCAGCUGACUGUGACCAGGAUAUUCAGAAGAAAAAAGCAGCUCUGGAUCAACAGCUGGACAUGCUGUCUCGUCAGCGUGCCAUGCACAGAUGUGAGAAGAGGGAGGUAAGUCAAAUGUUGGAUGAUGAAAUUGGCAGACUUUCAAAGGAGAGACAACAGCUUGCUUCUCAACUAAAGGAGGUUCGAGGGCACUCUCAGAAAGUACAGGUGAAUAUCAUCUUGGAGGCUGACAUCAUCUGCUGCACUCUGAGCACAAGUGGAGGAGGUCUGUUGGAAUCUGCUUUUUGGCGGCAAGGACUCGAUCCUUUCAGCUGUGUCAUUGUGGAUGAGGCAGGGCAGUCCUGUGAGGUUGAAACACUGAUUCCACUGAUCCAUCGCUGUAAUAAACUUGUCCUUGUUGGAGAUCCCAGACAGCUCCCCCCUACUGUAAAAUCAGUAAAAGCUCAGGAAUACGGCUACGAUCAGUCCUUGAUGGCACGCCUGCACAGACACCUGGAGGAGCAAGUGCAGAAGAAUGUUUUACGGAGCCUGCCAGUUGUGCAGCUGACCGUGCAGUACAGGAUGCACCCUGACAUCUGCCUCUUCCCAUCCAAUUACGUGUAUGGCAGGACUCUAAAGACUGACAGAGCAACAGAAGAGAACAGAUGUUCUUCAGAGUGGCCGUUCCAGCCCUACCUUAUUUUUGAUGUAGGAGAUGGUCGUGAGGAGCGAGACAAUGACUCUUUUAGUAAUCCUCAGGAAGUGAAGCUGGUGAUGGAAUUAAUUAGAACAAUUAAAGAGAAAAGGAAGGAUCUGGGUCUACGUCGCAUUGGAAUAAUUACCCCUUACAGUGCACAGAAAAAGAAAAUUCAAGAGCAGUUGGACAGAACGUUUAAGAAUAACAGCCCAGGAGAAGUGGACACAGUGGAUGCCUUCCAGGGACGAGAGAAGGACUGCAUCAUAGUGACAUGCGUCCGGGCAAACAGCACCAAAGGGUCGAUCGGAUUUCUGGCAAGUCUUCAGCGCCUGAACGUUACAAUUACUCGAGCCAGAUUCAGCCUCUUCAUCCUCGGAAGACUGAAAACCCUCAUGGACAAUAAAGACUGGAAUGAGUUGAUUCAGGACGCUCAGAAAAGAGGUGCCAUUAUCAAGACAUCAGAAAAAAGCUACAGGAAAGAUGCUGUUAAGAUUUUGAAGCUCAAGCCAACACUACAGCCCCCAAUCAAAGCAGGGAUGCAGAGCUCCCAGGGGGUGUAG